AUGCGCGCCCGCCCUCGGUUGCGACAGCCACCAUUCAUGUACAUAGUCGGCGAAAUGUUGGUCCAUACGGAGAUAGCCACCGUCGACGUAAAGGCCGUAGAUGCUUCCAGCUCGUCAUGCAACUCGCUCGCUACUGGCCGGGCCCACCAAGCAACAACAGCAUCGGAAGAGCGGCUUGUCUCCUCGUCCGACUCUUUCGCCGUGCGCCCACGCCCACGUUCACAUGGGCAGACAGUCUUCAGCCUUUCGCAUAGCUUGCGCGAUCGCAGCGCGCGAUAUCUCGCGGUCGAAUCGGCGGAACGCGGUGUCGUCCGCAUGACGCAUGUCGCACGCCGAACAUCCUCCGCCACAUGCAGUAAUCGGAACUUGUACUAA